AUGGCUUCGACAGUAUCCGAGUACACUAUUGGGGGAGUGAAAAUUCUCUUCCCUUGCAAGGCCUAUCCUUCACAGUUGGCUAUGAUGAACGCAAUUGUCAAGGGGCUGAACUCCCAGCAGCACUGCUUGUUGGAGAGCCCCACAGGAAGUGGGAAAAGCUUGGCAUUGCUAUGCUCAGCAUUGUCGUGGCAACGGUCUCUGUACGAAAAGCCACCCAGUGAGUGGUCAUGCUUAAAGGAAUGCAAGACGUCGGAGCCCGUGAUGCGGUGUUGCUGUAAUUGUCAUGCAGAACCCAGAGUUCAGGACCAGAGCAGUGCAGGGUCGAACCAAGGCAGUUGCUCUUACUUCACCGACAACGGAACCAACAGGCCCCUGAGUAGUGGAACCACGCUGAGAAAUGGAGAAGAGACCACAAAAAUCACACUUUCUUCAAAACUGUCUGCAAAGAAGCAAGCGUCUUUACAUGAAGGUGAAGAUGAUUUUAAAGCAGAUAGGAAAAGAAUUCGUUCACUAGAAACAGAGGAACAGGCUAGGAAACGAAAUCGACUAGCCAAAGGAGCGCAGUUAGUGGACGCUUUAGAAGUUUAUCAGCAGCAGAGAAAUGGGGAAUUGACCGUGUGCUCAAAGAAACCAGUACGUAGUUCUUCUGCUAUGACUCCUUCUAGCUCCUGCACUCAGUGUUCCUGUUCUAUGGAGGAAAAUGCCAAAGCUGGUGUUGAGGUAAAGAAAACAGAAAAUGCAGGGAAGCCAUUUAUCCCGAAGAUAUUUUUUGGAACACGAACGCACAAACAGAUCGCUCAGAUCACUAGAGAACUGAGGAGGACGGCAUAUUCUAGCACCCGUAUGACAAUUCUGUCCAGCAGAGACCAUUCCUGUGUUCACCCAACAGUAUCUGGUUGUAGCAACAAGAAUGAAAAAUGCGUAGAGUUGCUAGAAGCAAAAGAUGGCACAUCUUGUUCUUACUACCAUGGAGUCUAUAAGCUUAGUGAACAUCACAAUUUACAAGUUGCCCGUAAGAAAUCUCAGGCUUGGGACAUUGAAGAUUUAGUGAGCCUGGGGAAGAAGCUGCGUUCCUGCGCCUAUUUCGCAGCUCGGGAGCUCAUGGUGGAAGCUGAGAUCGUGUUUUGCCCUUACAACUAUCUUCUAGACUCUCAAAUAAGAGAGAGCAUGGAGAUUGACUUAAAAGGCCAAGUGGUCAUUUUAGAUGAAGCUCAUAAUAUUGAGGACUGUGCGCGGGAAUCAGCCAGCUACAGCGUGACAGAAGCUCAGCUUAGAUUGGCUCGAGAAGAGCUGGAUGCCCUGGUGAACAGCAACAUUCGGAGGAAGGACCAUGAGCCUCUGCGGGCUGUCUGCUGCAGUCUGACAAAUUGGUUAAGGGAAACCUCUGGUCAGCUUGUAGAGAGAGGUUAUGAAACUUCUAGUAAAGUUUGGAAUGGACAGCAAAUGGUGGCGUUCUUGCACAAUAUGGGUAUAACCAAUGCUACAUUUCCCAUCUUACAGAAACAUCUUGCAGCUGCCCUUGAAAAGGAAGAAAGAAUAACACUGUUUCAUGGGAAAGAAGAGGUGGUUUUGGUUCCAGUUAUAAGUCCUUCAGCUCAGAUUACACUAAAAGGGCUGUUCAUGGUUCUCUCUUAUCUUUUAAAAGAAAAUCACAGGUAUGCGGAUGAUUAUAGAGUCGCCUUGCAGCAGACAUUUGUUUGGCGAAACGAAAGUACAGUUGACCCUGGAGAUGCCAACGGCCCUUUCGCACUAGCCAAAAGAAAAGCGCGACACAAAACAGCAGUACAGACGCUCAGCUUCUGGUGCUUGAAUCCUGCUGUGGCUUUCUCAGAUGUAAGUGACAACGUCAGAUCAAUUGUUUUGACCUCUGGAACACUUUCUCCGAUGGACUCAUUUUCUUCCGAGCUUGGUGUGAAAUUUUCCAUUCAACUUGAGGCGAACCAUGUUAUUCGGGACUCUCAGGUGUGGGUGGGGACUGUUGGAGCAGGCCCCAAAGGCCGGUCGCUGUGUGCUACUUUCCAGCAGGCAGAAACCUUUGAAUUCCAGGACGAAGUGGGGGCUCUCCUGCUGUCAGUCUGCCGGACGGUCGGGCAAGGGGUGCUGUGCUUUUUGUCAUCGUACAAGAUGUUAGAUAAACUGAAAGAUCGCUGGUUGCAUACUGGCUUGUGGGAGAAGCUGGAGCUGAUUAAGACUGUCAUUGUAGAGCCCAAAGGAGGUGAUAAAGCUGAUUUUGAUGACCUUCUGCAAAUAUACUAUGAUGCUAUAAAAUGUAAACAAGGAAAAGAUGGUGCCCUUCUUCUCGCUGUCUGCAGAGGCAAGGUCAGUGAAGGCCUGGACUUCUCUGAUGACAACGCUCGUGCUGUUAUAACAAUAGGGAUUCCAUUCCCAAAUGUGAAAGACCUUCAGGUUGAGCUGAAAAGGAAAUACAAUGAUCAGCACUCAAAAGCGAGGGGCCUUUUGCCAGGUAGCCAGUGGUAUGAAAUACAGGCCUACCGAGCUCUCAACCAAGCCCUUGGCCGGUGCAUUCGACACAGGAGUGACUGGGGCGCCCUGAUUUUAGUUGAUGACCGCUUCAGACGGAACCCCAAUAAAUACAUAGCCGGACUGUCAAAAUGGAUUCGUCAGCAAAUCCAGCAUCAUGAACACUUUGAGCAUGCGCUUGGUUCUUUGGAUACGUUUACUAAAAAAAACCAGAAGGGUGUUGAUUCCUCACUUCACAGCAAUGCUGAAUCUCUGUUCACACCUUCAAGUUUGACGGAUCCGUCAACGAGUUCCUUUUUGGAGGCCACUCUGCAUCUAUCGCCUGAUGUUCCUGUUGAAAGAGGAGCACAGAACUUGGUUCCAGAAACAUUGUCUGUUGUGGACAUCAACAUGAUUAAUCCAGCGAUGUCCAGCCAGUCACGCAAAAAAGAUUGCCCAUCUUAUCAGACAGUAAACCAAGAAAAUCUUACAGACUCCAAAUCCAAUUGUUCCACCGUUGGAAACAAGAGGGAGAAAGUAAGCAGUCGUCUCAUCUCUGGUAAUAUAAAGCAGUAUUUUAGCAAAAUGUUGACAUCAACACCUCUGCCUGCAAAGAGUAAGAAGAACGCUUCCAAAGCAACCAGGCAACCAGAGGGGCCAAUUGGCAAACCCUGCCAGCUUGCUACAAGUGAAUGCCAGCAGAAGCUGUCAUUGGCUGAAGCAGGCAAACCAAAUGAGCUUGCACCACACAGAGAAGCAAUUAGCGAGGCAAGAGAGGCAACUGGCUCAGUCGUUCAAGAAUAUACUGCUGAACGUCAGAUCUGCAUCUAUGAAGACAGGGGGGAUGUGGCUGUUUCUCCAGUGAGAGGGAACGCCGAACUGUCAGCAUCAGACAUAAAUGUGGAAGAAGAUGCUGGUGAUGACAGUAUUUAUUUCACUCCUGAACUUUACGAUGAGUCAGCAGAAGAGGAAAGUGAAUUGCUAGUGCACGCUUCUAGUGAUAUGGUGACUUUGUUAGAACUUGCUGAGUCUGUUGCAACUGAAGAGCCUCUGGAAAUAGGUGCCCCAAGCCCAGUAGAUACAGCGGUCGGAAUGCAAACCGAUGCAGCAGCAGAGACAGGGCACCAUGGAAUCGUGCAAAGUUAUAUGUGUUGUGAUGACAGUGCAGUCGGCACAGCUGUAUGUGGUGCUAGCAUAGGUGAAGCUGAGCAGAGAGAAGAGACCCAGAGGAGGAAAAGUAAACUUUCCAGAUCAAGAAACAAAGGUGUGUCUCUCUGUCAGUCAAGUGGUCAUUAG